AUGACGACGACCACAUCUCAGCUUCGGGAACCAGAGGAUGAAGACGAAACCAACAUCUCCCUCCUCCCGCCAGCGCUGAAAUUCGUCGUCUCCAACUUAAAAUCGCUCGUUCAUGUCCAGCUUGAUGCGGAAAAUUACCAGAUCUGGCGAGCUCAAAUCCUAAAGAUUUUUCAAGCAAAUCGAUUUGACAAGUAUUUGGAUCUUUCGUCAACAUAUAAUAACGCUACUUCUCAGUCUGCAGAAUCGCAAUCCUCUGUUCCGACGGCUACCCAUUUCAACUUUAUCGAUCGAAAUCUUUCGACAGCCCUCUGUGCCACUAUAACCCCAUCGAUUCUUCCUUAUGUUGUUCAUCUUCAAUCCACUGCACAGAUUUGGCACACUCUCGAAACAAGAUUUCAAUCGUCUAACAGAUCUAAAGUGAUCCAGCUCAAGAACUCGCUUCACAAUAUUUCUCUCCGAAAUCAAUCUAUCUCUCAAUAUCUUACAGAGAUUAAAUCACUUGUGGAUCAAAUCGCCUCGUCUGGCUCCACUGUUGAUACUGAGGAUGUUAUCUUAUACAUUCUUAAUGGUCUUCCGGCGACUUAUCAAUCUUUCAAAACUGCCAUUCGCACGAUGUUGACUCCCAUAUCGCUAGAUCAACUCUAUGCUCUGUUGCUCAGCGAAGAAGUUAACAUUGCUGCUGAUCUUCUUCGCCAACCGUCAGAUCCUACCACUGCUCUGUUCACCUCUCGUGGUCGUGGUCGUCGUUCCCGCUGA